AUGACUUCCCCAGCGACGGUUCUCCAUAUUGAACCUUCUCCUAUUGUUUCCGAUGAAAACCAGGUUUCGGACAAGGAGAUUCGGCUCAGAUGUGCUCGCCGGCGUGCACCUCUUGACCUUCUUUACGAACUUGACAAGGUUGAGGAAACAAUCACCGUCAGAGUAGAGGAUAUUGUGUCCUCGUCGCAACUAGAUAGCCGACAACGCCAGCACGUGUACGCGAAAGAUAUUGCUGCGGAAUCCAAAGAGUUUGCUCUACUAUUAGCUUGCGGUUUGCAACAGCCACAAGAUGUUCCGGAUGCUGAGAGCCUUUUCAGAAGCCAUGAACUUCGAAGUGAGCCAGAUUGCACAUUUUCCACCAUGGCCAUUCACAGCGGCGUUCUCGAGGCCCUCGCUCGUUCCCUGCAUCCCGUCGCCAGUACCCAUCCAGCGCUCAUCUCAGCCAUCCAUUCCGCAGCAGCAGCAAUCUCAGCCGUUUCUGGAUCAGCGUUGGCCCGGGAAUCGUCUCGCAUGCUCUCGUCUGCUUCAAGCCCGUCCGGCGCUUCAGUUCCCGCAGACCCUUCCAUAGCAGCCGGCAACUCUUUGAACUCGUCGUUCCCUCACUCCCUCUCCCCGCACUCCUCCCCUCACUCCGUCCGCCCGUUUUCUACUAGCACCGCCGCACCACCAUCGUCCCCGUUUGCGCGUCCUCCGCAGCAGCCAUUACCGCAGCACAAAGACCUCCCCCAGCUGCCGCCUCCCCCUCCCAUGCCGCAAAGGCGGGUCGUUGUCACUGGCGUUGGCAUGGUGACCCCUCUCUGCGUGGGCGCCACUGCCACGUGGCAGGGCCUGAUUGGCGGAGGAAACAGUGCCAUCCGCGCCCUGACCCCAUCGGACAUAGCCAUUCCCGGCAUGACAGACAGCCUCGCCGCUGCCCUGCUCUCCCAGCUCCCCUCUCGCAUCGCUGGCGUUCGUCUGAUUGGCGGAGGCAGUGCCAUCCGCGCGCUGACCCCAUCGGACAUAGCCAUUCCCGGCAUGACAGACAGCCUCGCCGCUGCCCUGCUCUCUCAACUCCUCUCGCUUUUCACAUGCUUGCGCCUGAUUGGAGGAGGAGGCAGCGCCAUCCGCGCCCUGGCCCCAUCGGACAUAGCCAUUCCCGGCAUGACAGACAGCCUCGCCGCUGCUCUGCUCUCCCAACUGCCUUCUCGCAUUGCUGGCGUUGUCCCUCCUCUCCCUGCUGCCCCUCCUGCGCCACCUGUUGCUGCUAAUGACCGUCCUGACGGUCCUGCUGCUGGUCAUGCUGGGGUGGAAGGAGACAGUGACAGGUCUGCUGCCAAAUCAGGUCUUGAGGGCAUGCCUCGGUUCGUGCAGCAUGCGAUAAGAGCAGCUGAUGAAGCAAUGAUGGAUGCGCGGUGGAUGCCAGAGGAAGAGGAGGACCGUGUGAGAAUGGGAGUGUGUGUGGGGGGAGGCAUCGGCUGUAUCAGUGAGGUGGCAGCAGCAGGCCACCUACUCUUUGAACAGGGUCCCAAUCACGCGUCAGUGACAGCGUGCGCCUCGUCAGCACAUGCCAUCGCAGACGCCUUCCGAUUGGUCCGCUGCGGAGCAGCUGACGUCAUCGUGGCGGGCGGCACAGAGGCCUGCAUCGACGCCCUCUCCCUCGCUGGCUUCUCCCGUGGGGGCAGUGGGUGGUGGGUCAUGUGGGUGGUGGGUCAUGUGGGUGGUGGGUCAUGUGGGUGGUGGGUCAUGUGGGUGGUGGGUCAUGUGGGUGGUGGGUCAUGUGGGUGGUGGGUCAUGUGGGUGGUGGGUCAUGUGGGUGGUGGGUCAUGUGGGUGGUGGGUCAUGUGGGUGGUGGGUCAUGUGGGUGGUGGGUCAUGUGGGUGGUGGGUCAUGUGGGUGGUGGGUCAUGUGGGUGGUGGGUCAUGUGGGUGGGGUCAUGUGGGUGGCAGGUCAUGUGGGUGGCAGGUCAUGUGGGUGGCAGGUCAUGUGGGUGGCAGGUCAUGUGGGUGGCAGGUCAUGUGGGUGGCAGGUCAUGUGGGUGGCAGGUCAUGUGGGUGGCAGGUCAUGUGGGUGGCAGGUCAUGUGGGUGGCAGGUCAUGUGGGUGGCAGGUCAUGUGGGUGGCAGGUCAUGUGGGUGGCAGGUCAUGUGGGUGGCAGGUCAUGUGGGUGGCAGGUCAUGUGGGUGGCAGGUCAUGUGGGUGGCAGGUCAUGUGGGUGGCAGGUCAUGUGGGUGGCAGGUCAUGUGGGUGGCAGGUCAUGUGGGUGGCAGGUCAUGUGGGUGGCAGGUCAUGUGGGUGGCAGGUCAUGUGGGUGGCAGGUCAUGUGGGUGGCAGGUCAUGUGGGUGGCAGGUCAUGUGGGUGGCAGGUCAUGUGGGUGGCAGGUCAUGUGGGUGGCAGGUCAUGUGGGUGGCAGGUCAUGUGGGUGGCAGGUCAUGUGGGUGGCAGGUCAUGUGGGUGGCAGGUCAUGUGGGUGGCAGGUCAUGUGGGUGGCAGGUCAUGUGGGUGGCAGGUCAUGUGGGUGGCAGGUCAUGUGGGUGGCAGGUCAUGUGGGUGGCAGGUCAUGUGGGUGGCAGGUCAUGUGGGUGGCAGGUCAUGUGGGUGGCAGGUCAUGUGGGUGGCAGGUCAUGUGGGUGGCAGGUCAUGUGGGUGGCAGGUCAUGUGGGUGGCAGGUCAUGUGGGUGGCAGGUCAUGUGGGUGGCAGGUCAUGUGGGUGGCAGGUCAUGUGGGUGGCAGGUCAUGUGGGUGGCAGGUCAUGUGGGUGGCAGGUCAUGUGGGUGGCAGGUCAUGUGGGUGGCAGGUCAUGUGGGUGGCAGGUCAUGUGGGUGGCAGGUCAUGUGGGUGGCAGGUCAUGUGGGUGGCAGGUCAUGUGGGUGGCAGGUCAUGUGGGUGGCAGGUCAUGUGGGUGGCAGGUCAUGUGGGUGGCAGGUCAUGUGGGUGGCAGGUCAUGUGGGUGGCAGGUCAUGUGGGUGGCAGGUCAUGUGGGUGGCAGGUCAUGUGGGUGGCAGGUCAUGUGGGUGGCAGGUCAUGUGGGUGGCAGGUCAUGUGGGUGGCAGGUCAUGUGGGUGGCAGGUCAUGUGGGUGGCAGGUCAUGUGGGUGGCAGGUCAUGUGGGUGGCAGGUCAUGUGGGUGGCAGGUCAUGUGGGUGGCAGGUCAUGUGGGUGGCAGGUCAUGUGGGUGGCAGGUCAUGUGGGUGGCAGGUCAUGUGGGUGGCAGGUCAUGUGGGUGGCAGGUCAUGUGGGUGGCAGGUCAUGUGGGUGGCAGGUCAUGUGGGUGGCAGGUCAUGUGGGUGGCAGGUCAUGUGGGUGGCAGGUCAUGUGGGUGGCAGGUCAUGUGGGUGGCAGGUCAUGUGGGUGGCAGGUCAUGUGGGUGGCAGGUCAUGUGGGUGGCAGGUCAUGUGGGUGGCAGGUCAUGUGGGUGGCAGGUCAUGUGGGUGGCAGGUCAUGUGGGUGGCAGGUCAUGUGGGUGGCAGGUCAUGUGGGUGGCAGGUCAUGUGGGUGGCAGGUCAUGUGGGUGGCAGGUCAUGUGGGUGGCAGGUCAUGUGGGUGGCAGGUCAUGUGGGUGGCAGGUCAUGUGGGUGGCAGGUCAUGUGGGUGGCAGGUCAUGUGGGUGGCAGGUCAUGUGGGUGGCAGGUCAUGUGGGUGGCAGGUCAUGUGGGUGGCAGGUCAUGUGGGUGGCAGGUCAUGUGGGUGGCAGGUCAUGUGGGUGGCAGGUCAUGUGGGUGGCAGGUCAUGUGGGUGGCAGGUCAUGUGGGUGGCAGGUCAUGUGGGUGGCAGGUCAUGUGGGUGGCAGGUCAUGUGGGUGGCAGGUCAUGUGGGUGGCAGGUCAUGUGGGUGGCAGGUCAUGUGGGUGGCAGGUCAUGUGGGUGGCAGGUCAUGUGGGUGGCAGGUCAUGUGGGUGGCAGGUCAUGUGGGUGGCAGGUCAUGUGGGUGGCAGGUCAUGUGGGUGGCAGGUCAUGUGGGUGGCAGGUCAUGUGGGUGGCAGGUCAUGUGGGUGGCAGGUCAUGUGGGUGGCAGGUCAUGUGGGUGGCAGGUCAUGUGGGUGGCAGGUCAUGUGGGUGGCAGGUCAUGUGGGUGGCAGGUCAUGUGGGUGGCAGGUCAUGUGGGUGGCAGGUCAUGUGGGUGGCAGGUCAUGUGGGUGGCAGGUCAUGUGGGUGGCAGGUCAUGUGGGUGGCAGGUCAUGUGGGUGGCAGGUCAUGUGGGUGGCAGGUCAUGUGGGUGGCAGGUCAUGUGGGUGGCAGGUCAUGUGGGUGGCAGGUCAUGUGGGUGGCAGGUCAUGUGGGUGGCAGGUCAUGUGGGUGGCAGGUCAUGUGGGUGGCAGGUCAUGUGGGUGGCAGGUCAUGUGGGUGGCAGGUCAUGUGGGUGGCAGGUCAUGUGGGUGGCAGGUCAUGUGGGUGGCAGGUCAUGUGGGUGGCAGGUCAUGUGGGUGGCAGGUCAUGUGGGUGGCAGGUCAUGUGGGUGGCAGGUCAUGUGGGUGGCAGGUCAUGUGGGUGGCAGGUCAUGUGGGUGGCAGGUCAUGUGGGUGGCAGGUCAUGUGGGUGGCAGGUCAUGUGGGUGGCAGGUCAUGUGGGUGGCAGGUCAUGUGGGUGGCAGGUCAUGUGGGUGGCAGGUCAUGUGGGUGGCAGGUCAUGUGGGUGGCAGGUCAUGUGGGUGGCAGGUCAUGUGGGUGGCAGGUCAUGUGGGUGGCAGGUCAUGUGGGUGGCAGGUCAUGUGGGUGGCAGGUCAUGUGGGUGGCAGGUCAUGUGGGUGGCAGGUCAUGUGGGUGGCAGGUCAUGUGGGUGGCAGGUCAUGUGGGUGGCAGGUCAUGUGGGUGGCAGGUCAUGUGGGUGGCAGGUCAUGUGGGUGGCAGGUCAUGUGGGUGGCAGGUCAUGUGGGUGGCAGGUCAUGUGGGUGGCAGGUCAUGUGGGUGGCAGGUCAUGUGGGUGGCAGGUCAUGUGGGUGGCAGGUCAUGUGGGUGGCAGGUCAUGUGGGUGGCAGGUCAUGUGGGUGGCAGGUCAUGUGGGUGGCAGGUCAUGUGGGUGGCAGGUCAUGUGGGUGGCAGGUCAUGUGGGUGGCAGGUCAUGUGGGUGGCAGGUCAUGUGGGUGGCAGGUCAUGUGGGUGGCAGGUCAUGUGGGUGGCAGGUCAUGUGGGUGGCAGGUCAUGUGGGUGGCAGGUCAUGUGGGUGGCAGGUCAUGUGGGUGGCAGGUCAUGUGGGUGGCAGGUCAUGUGGGUGGCAGGUCAUGUGGGUGGCAGGUCAUGGCACUCAGCACUUUGUUCACCCCUGCGCCCAGCCCACCCCUUCUCCCACUCCCCUUCUCCCACUCCCCUUCUCCCACUCCCCCUUCUCCCACUCCCCCUUCUUCCACUCCCCUUCUCCCACUCCCCCUUCUCCCACUCCCCCUUCUUCCACUCUCCCUUCUCCCACUCCCCCUUUACCCCCUUCCCCCCACCAGCAUGCGAGCACUCAGCACUCGAUUCAACGACACACCCCACCUUGCCUCUCGGCCAUUUGACAAGUCUAGAGAUGGAUUCUCAAGAGAUGGAUUCGUGUGCGUGCCUUGCCUCCUUCCGUUCCCUUUCCUCAUUCCAUUACUGUGCCCCAUUCCCCUUGCGAACCAUGCCAUUCGUGUGCAUGCCCCUUCCCCAACCCCCUUCGCCAUCCCCCUUUCCAAACCCCCUUCCCCUUUCGAACCCCCUUUGCCAUCCCCCUUUCCCAACCCCCUUCCCCAUUCCCCUCCCCCAUUGCCCUUCCCCAUAUUGCCACACGCUGACUGUCUCUCCCUCCAUUCUCACGCCCUCAUCCCAUUCACUCCUCUUAAAGCUUUCCUCCUUCGUUUGUUCCUUUUCCCCUCAUUUCUGAGACUCUGCAUCUCUCUUAACGUGCCCUCCCUCCUGCACCCUCUCGAUUGCUGCUACACCCUCCUGCUGCAUCCUCUCUCUUUGCAGAAUGGCAGAGGGAGCAGGCGUUUUGAUCCUAGAGGGUCAAACAUGUAUGCAGAUGAUGACGUCAACAUGUAUGCAGAUGAUGAUGUCAACACGUAUGAUGAUGACGUCAACAUGUUUGGAGAUGAUGACCUAGACCAUGCGGUGCAGCGCGGUGCAAAGGUGUACGCAGAGGUUCGAGGAGCAGGCAGUUCAGCAGACGCCUUCCACAUCACACAGCCCUCCCCUCUCGCCACUGGAGCAGUGCUCUGCAUGCGAGCUGCUCUCAAGGAGGCUGGCCUGCAACCAUCCGAUAUUGGGUACCUCAACGCCCAUGCCACCUCCACUCCCCUUGGUGAGUAA